AUGCCAGACAUGCUGGAAGACAGACUCAUGCAGGCAGCUGAGGUUGGCGACGAGGCGGCGGUGCGGCAGCUGCUGGCUGCAGGCGCUCGGGCGGACCAGCUCAACCUGAUCGGCUGGCUAUCUCUGCACAGAGCCUGCGUCAUUGGCCACGAGGGGUUGGCGAGGCUGCUGCUGGACGCUGCGCCAGCCACGGCUGCAGUGGCAGACUCCCAGGGGCAGACAGCCCUGCACUAUGCCGCAAAGGGCUCGAGGCUGUCUGCUGCUCCAGCCAUAGCCUUGGCAGUGGACUUCUCAGGCUGGACACCGCUGCACCGUGCGGCUGAGCGUGGGGACAUUGAAGUGAUGAAGCUGCUGCUGCCGGCGGCACGCGACCCUGCCGCAAUGCUCGACGCACAACAUCGUGCACCCAUCCACAUGGCCGCCAACCGCAGCAACGCAGCAGCCGUGCAGCUGCUGCUGACGGCGGCACCAGAGGUGGCUUUUGCGCUGGAUGGUUCUGGCCGCUCGCCGCUGCACCUGGUGCUGCAGUACGGCCUUUGCAGCACAACAGAGCAAGUCGUGGAGACGGCGCGCUGCCUGGUGUGGGCGGCACCAGAGGUGCAGCCUGCCCUGGGCAUCCUGCUGCAGCACGGGCAGCACUCCUCGACCCUCUUCGCUGACCUGGUGGCCCACCCGCCGUUGAGCCAGGAGCAGUGGCGCUCGAUUCCUGCGCCCUGCACCGACCUUGCUCGAGCGCUGCCAGCCGUCCUGCAGCGAUCGACCGCCGAGGCGGGGUGGCUGGUGGGGCAUUUGGCAGAGGAGCAGCGUGCGCGGCUGAGGGCAGCGGCGCUCAGCAUGGCGCGGGCGCAGCUGGGUGGGCCGUCCCUGCCGGCAGAGCUGAGCGGGCGCAUCCUGGCGCUGUGCUUGCCGUAG